AUGUAAGAAAUUGAAGCGAAGAAGCAAUUAAAAGCAAGUGAAGGAGCUCAUUUUUUUUAUACUUUGAUAUUCCUUUCAGCUUCUGGUAUAAUUGAGACUCAAUUUAUUGAACAGAAAUGUAAUCAAAAUCUGCAAUUGUUUGUUCACUUAGUAUUCUAUGGAUUAAUUAUCUGGGGUACAUACAUUUUAAUUACAUUGAUACCGAGAUAUAAAAAUGCAGCUAUCAACUUAUUUUUCAAUUUUCUUGAUAUCUGUUUUGGUAUAUACAUAGGACUGUUAUUGUUUUUUGGAGGACGUAUGUACAUGGCAUCUAAUGAUUGUUUAGCUGAAGCUCCUGCAUUAUACUUCUUUUUGGAGACAUUUUUGUUGGUUAACGGCAUCAUAUUUGCAAUAUUGUUUUUAGCAUUUGUGUCGUAUGUCUUAAAGAGAUUUUCUAAAUCAUAGCAAGUUUAUGAUGAAGGCAAAGAUGAAUUUUAUGAUGCAUGA